CCGCCCGUCAUGGAGCGGCUGACCUUGCCUCCCGGCGGCGCGGCGGCGGUGGACGAGUACCUGGAGUACCGGAGGUGCUGGUUUUAGGAGAAGGGCACCGACUGGUGUUUGGCGUUCCUUCGAAACUGGAAACGUAGCUGCUCCUUUGGCCUGAGGACACGGUUCGUUGUCCUGGGUCCUGACCAAGGCUGGUGCACCUGUGGUGACGCGCUCCUUUUCCGCUUCCUGGGGUUUUUGUGGUCGCGAACCUGGGCGGAUGGGAAGUCCUGGGGAGGACCGACAGAGGACGCGGAGUUGCGGCGGGAGGAUGUGUGUGUACAAGCAGAGGGGAGACGCUCCAGGCUUUGCCUGGGACGCUGGAGCGAGAGACAGGGCCUCCUCUGUGGGAUCGUGGGCAGCCCGGAUGACCCUGAGAAUUGUUGGUGAGGAUGAUGGAGGGAAACUUUUUACCCCUGAAGAAUAUGAAGAAUACAAAAGAAAAGUUUUACCUCUGCGCCUACAAAACAGAUUAUUUGUGAGCUGGCGGUCACCAACUGGGAUGGAUUGUAAACUUGUGGGCCCAGAGACACUAUGUUUUUGUACACAUAGGUAUAAACAACAUAAAACUGACUUGGAGACGAUUCCCCAGCAGCGCCCCAUUGAUCUGCCCUGCCGAGUGACUGGCUGCCAGUGCAGGGCUUACCAUUAUGUCCCCUUGAAUGGUACCCAGCCCAUUCGCUGCAGGUGCAAACACUUUGCUGAUCAGCACAGUGCCGCACCUGGCUUUACAUGCAAUGCAUGUUCCAAGUGUUCUGGAUUCCAUAGCUGCUUCACUUGUGCUUGUGGUCAGCCUGCAUAUGCCCAUGACACAGCCGUGGAAACUAAGCAAGAAAGAUUGGCUCAGGGAAAACCAGUGGGACAGGAUGUUCCUUAUGCAGCCAUGGGAGGAUUAACUGGUUUCAGCUCGCUGGCAGAAGGCUACAUGCGAUUAGAUGACAGUGGGAUUGGUGCACCUUCAGUGGAAUUUUUAGAAUCUCCCACUAUGGCAGUAGACCACCCAUUCCUAAAAGCAUUUCAAGCAUCAUCUAGUUCUUCUCCACAAAUGUUAACAGAUGUAGGUACAAGUAGUCAAGUUUCUUCGAUAAGGAGACCCGAAGAGGAUGAUAUGGCUUUCUUUGAAAGACGAUACCAGGAAAGGAUAAAAAUGGAAAAGGCUGGUAAGCGGAAAGGAAAAGCUCCAUUGCCAUCAGCUACAAAACCUUCAUGAAGACUGUUGGAGAAAUUAAAACCAUCAUCCAAGUAUAUCUUUUUCAUGUUUAUUUAAAUGUAAUAAUACAGUUUAUUUUUCCUCAAAUUAUUUACUUUUUUACUGUAUAAAUGUCUUUUGCAAUGUUUCCUUAAUUUAUUUAAAUAACUAAAAAUGCCUAUUACUUUUGUCAAAACUCAUGAAUUUGUUGCUAUGUGUAUACCUUUUCUCUCUCCUAACAAAUGAGAUUAUUUUAUAUGAGUCUUCCUGAGAGUACAGCAAAUCUUUUUAGCACAUAAUAAUUUAACCGUUUCAAGCUAUUUAAAAAAUUAAAGAUAUUAUCAAGGGUUCUGAACAAAUAUGUAAGAGCUGUGUUUGUCAUACAAAAUAGUAAGUUAAAAACAAAACAAACAACAAAAUAGCUAAAAUCGUUAAUUUUUUUAUUUUUCAAAGUUUGUAAUGUUAUGUUUUUAAAUAAAAAAUGUAUCUUAAAAUUAUAC